UGUCAGACAGGAUGCGUAUGUUAGCGCUGCGUAGUAGCGUUAUAGCGUCCCGUUUUAACGUCGCGCGAGGCUUCGUCAAACAGAACGCUUUAGCGCGCGUUAGGGCACUGACUCGACGACACCGCGCCGCCAUUUCGCCAUUCGCCAAAGCGUAGUGCAGAUCGAUAGCAGUGUGAAGAGUUUGUUCGUUAUGGAGAUGUCGAGUGAUUCAGAUGUGGAAGAAUUAUUACUUUUAUAUGCUUUAUCACGGUCACAGAGAAAAAGAGUAUGGGUGCACGACAUCAAUCAAAAGAGAAAGGAUUUAGGAGAGUAUCAUCGUUUGUGUCGUGAGCUUGCAUCACAUGAAGAUCGUUUUUUUACAUACUUUCGUAUGUCUCAAGAUUUAUUCGAAGAACUACAUGAACUGCUCAUCCCAAAAAUAAGCAAAUGUACCACAAACUGGAGGACACCUAUUUCUACAAGAGAAAGACUUGUAAUCUGUCUAAGGUACUUAGCUACGGGUGAUUCACAUCAGACCAUAGCCUUCUCCUUCCGAGUAGGUCGUUCAACAGUCGGUGGUAUUGUAAAAGAAGUCUGUACAGAAAUCUGGAAUACAUUACAACCAGAAUAUAUGCCAUCGCCUACUGAAGAGACAUGGAAACAAUCAGAGAAGGGUUAUAGGGAAACCUGGAACUUCCCGAAUUGUGUCGGUAGUAUUGAUGGGAAACAUGUCUCUAUAAAGUGUCCCCAAAAUAGUGGAUCAGAAUAUUUUUGCUACAAGAAGUUUUUUUCUGUAGUUCUUCUUGCUAUAGUCGAUCCAUGUUACAAAUUCACCGUCAUAGAUGUCGGUAGUUACGGGCGGCAAAGUGAUAGUGGUAUAUUCGAGAACUCAAUAUUUUAUCGGCAAUAUAUCCACGGAAAAUCUCUGCUGCCAGAUAAACCUCUUCCAGGCACCGAGGAGCCCGUACCUCAUGUACUUAUCGGCGACGAAGGUUUUGCUUUAAAAACAUAUUUGAUGCGUCCAUUCCCAAGAGCCUUAGCCACACAAGACGAAAGAAAAACAAAUUUUAAUAAAAGACUUUGCAGGGCACGUCGGGUGGUUGAAAAUACAUUCGGAAUAUUAGCACAAAAAUGGCGCAUUUUUUUACGACCUAUUGACUGUGAUGUGGACACAUCAAUUGAUAUUAUUAAAGCCGCAUGUUGUUUACAUAAUUACUUGCGAACAAAACAAGGUACAGCGAUAUUAACUCCGGAGUCGGAAGACGAAAACGCACCUAUGCGUGCUUUAAUAACUCAUCGUCCAACAAAUAGAAGAUCAACGACUGCAGCAUUCGAAACUCGUGAACAAUUUGUGUCUUAUUUUAAUCAAUAAACGAAUUUUUUUACUUACCAGUUUCAUUAAUUUCUUUUCCGAUUUGUGCCCACAAUUUUGCCUUCAUUGAUAUAUCUUUAUAUGAACUAUCCUUCGUAUUAUAUAAGCAUGGAUAUUUUCUAACCAAUUCUAUCAAAUUUUCGAUCAUUAUGCAGUAUUUUAUUAUUAUUUUACGCCUAUUCACUCCGACGCUAAAAUAAAAUUUGUAAAAAAAUACAACACCCGACGUUAAAAGCGUCCUAACGCCGCGACAGAGCGUUGCGUACUGCUAGCGCCGGCGCUCUGUUUGACGGUAUUGUACGAUGGUAGUACAACACAUCUUAGCGUCAUAGCGCGGCGUCAAGUUAACGCUCUGACGCGCGCUAAGUACGCGUCCUGUCUGACAAAGCCUUAACAGUUCAAUGCACGUUGAACAUACGUCUGUCCUAGGAUUUCCAAAGCCUAUAUUAUAUUUAGUAUUAAAAACAUGUCUG